GGAGAAGAGGAGCAAAGGGAGAGAUGGGGCAGGAGGGCGGGCCUGGGAUGGAAGCUUUGGGGCUUCAUCCUGUGCCCGGAGUGACCUCCUCUUUCUGGCCUCUGCAGGAAGUGGGCAGCAGUCUGUGACAGGAGUUGAGGGCUCAGAGGAUGCCAACAGCUACUGGAGGAUUCGAGGUGGGGCAGAGGGUGAAUGCCCACGAGGAGUGCCAGUGCGCUGUGGACAAGCGGUCCGACUCACCCAUGUAAACACGGGGAAAAACCUUCAUACCCACCACUUUCCCUCCCCGCUGUCUAACAACCAGGAGGUGAGUGCCUUCGGAGAUGGUGGCGAGGGAGACCAGCUGGACGUGUGGCUGGUGCAGUGCAGUGGGGCCUACUGGGAUCGGGAGGAAGCCGUCCGCUUCCAGCAUGCUGGCACCCACGUCUACUUGUCCGUCACAGGGGAACAGUAUGGGCACCCCAUCCGAGGGCAGAGGGAGGUUCACGGCAUGCCCAGCCCCAACCAGCACAAUUCCUGGAAAGCAAUGGAGGGCGUCUUCAUUAAGCCCAGCCUCACAGAGUCGAGACACGACGAGCUCUGAGCUACAACCAGCCUGCCCACCUGGGGCCCUGCUCAGCUGCCGGCUCCCAGGUGUGGACUUGUUGACGAGGGAUAAUUAAUAAAGUGCUUGUUCGAUGGGAA